GACGACGACGAUCGUACGGAAAUUGGAGAAGAGAAUGUUGAUGAAUGGAUGCAGUCAAAAACUGUCAUAAAACCUGAAGACCAAUUGGACCUUAGUGAAGUUGAAUUAAAAGAAGAAUUUACCAGAAUAUUAACAGCUAAUAAUCCCCAUGCGCCCAGCAAUAUUGUCAGAUACAAUUACAAGGAUCGAUCAUAUAAACAAAUUUCAAGUGUCGAUCAGCUGGCAAUUCACUUUGCCUUGGACGGAAAUCUUCUACACAAAGAUUCAGACGAGGCAAGACGUCAGAAGGCUAAAGCUGAAGCAGCAGAAGCUAAAGCAGUAUCUGAUGGUAAUAAGAACAAAUCUUUACAGUCCAAUUCAUACAUUAAUGAGAUAAUUAAGAUAAUCAAUAAAAGCAUUGAUGCUGGUACCGAAACGGAUGGCCAAGAUAAGAAAGAUAAGAAAUUAACUAAUCAGUUUAACUUUAGUGAACGAGCCUCGCAGACCUUUAAUAAUCCAUCUAGAGAAAGAGGAACAGUAACUGAGCCACCACCUAGAGCUAACUUUUCGGCAUCUGCAAAUCAGUGGGAAAUAUAUGACGCAUAUGCGGAAGAUUUAGAAAGACAGGAAAAGGCCAAAGAGAAAAAGACUACCAUCAUAAAGGAAAAGAAGGAAGAUUAUAAGAAAAAGAAGCUAACAACACUUGAUCUACAGACGGAUGAUAUCUCUAAGAUACACAAAGCUUCCAAAAUUGUCGAAAGAAUGGUUAACCAAAAUACGUAUGAUGACAUUGCUCAAGAUUUUAAAUACUGGGAAGACGCUGCUGAUGAGUUCAGAGACCAGGAAGGAACACUGCUACCACUUUGGAAGUAUUCUUAUGAUAAAUCUAAAAGACUGGCAGUUACAGCGAUGUGUUGGAAUCCAAAGUAUCAUGAUUUAGUUGCUGUGGGCUAUGGAUCAUAUGAAUUUUUGAAGCAAAGCCGAGGCAUGAUAUGCUUUUACUCUAUGAAGAAUCCUUCAUAUCCCGAAUACAUCUAUUCAACAGAAAGUGGAGUCAUGUGUUUAGAUAUCCACCCUGAACAUCAGUUUCUUGUUGCUGUUGGAUUUUACGAUGGUAGCGUUGCUGUUUAUAACGUUCAAGAAAAAGUGCAAGAUCCAAUUUAUAAAUCUACUGCUAAUAACGGCAAGCAUACCGAUCCAGUGUGGCAGGUUAGUUGGCAAAAAGAUGAUUUGGAUAAUCAUUUAAAUUUUUAUUCAGUUUCAUCAGAUGGGCGAGUGGUGAUGUGGACAAUUGUUAAGAAUGAAUUACACCAUACUAACGUUAUUGAAUUAAGAAUGAGUGAUAUUCCUACUGAAGGCCCAAAUGGGACCCAGUUGUUCAAUCUAGGCUGCGGCACUUCAUUCGAUUUCAGCAAGACUGUCGAUUAUAUCUUCUUAGUCGGAACGGAAGAAGGCAAAAUUUAUAAGUGUUCCAAAGCUUAUUCGAGCCAGUAUCUCGAUACCUAUGACGCUCACCAUAUGGCUGUGUAUGCAGUACGAUGGAAUUAUUAUCACCCGGACAUUUUCAUAUCGUGUAGUGCUGAUUGGACCGUAAAAAUUUGGGAUCAUACCCAUCCCAAAGAGCCUAUGUUUACCUUUGACUUGAAUAGUAGCGUUGGAGAUAUUGCUUGGUCUCCAUACUCAUCUACAGUUUUUGCUGCAGUCACAGAUGAUGGCAAGAUUCACGUAUUUGAUUUAAAUCUUAAUAAAUAUGAACCAAUAUGUGAACAACUUGUCGUUCAAAAGAAGAAAACGAAAUUAACACAUAUUGCCUUCAAUCCUCACCAUCCAAUAAUCAACACUGGUGAUGAUCGAGGAUAUGUUACUAGCUUCAAGUUAUCACCUAAUCUUCGUAGGAUUAGUAAGAGUAAGAAUGCGCCACCUAUGACCAAGGCAGAACGUAAACAAGCUGAAAUCGCUAAGCUGGAUAAGUUACUUAGUUUAGUUCGGGAAACCUCGAAGGACGAAUCAAAAUAA